UGCUCCUGUGCGCGGGUCCACUUGGGACAGGUCCCUGGGUAGGUAAGGAGGUGGGUAGGAGCUUGCUUAUAGAAAAGUGGAAUCGAGCCGUCUGUGUUAGCGGAGCCGCCGCCGCGAGGAACUCGGGGCGGGCUCCGGCCUGUUCAAGAGUGCUGGAGGAUAAACUUGAAAUACAAGUUUAAGGUUCCUCAUUGGGCGAAAGAUAAGAUUCAGAUCUCCCCCGGCCCGGUGUGCAGCAGGAGCGACCAACCCCGACCCGGGUGAAAGCAGGGACCCUUCGCUGCCGCCACCUCCUGUUCUCUCCCCACGUUCCCACUCGGGGUCUCCCUCAGGGCUGGGAGUCACGGUAGUCCCGGCCUGUCGAAGGGCCGGAUGUACGCACCCGCAGGUUCCCGCUGAGCCCCGGCGCCUGCGGAGGUCUUGCGUUCGCCUCCUGCAGCCUCAACUCGGGAGGGCGGCGCGGGGCGAGCUGCCGCCAUGAUCACCGGUGUCUUCAGCGUGCGCGUGUGGACCCCGGUGGGCGUCCUGGCCUCGCUGGCCUACUGCCUGCACCAGCGGCGGGUGGCCCUGGCCGAGCUGCAGGGGGCCGACGGCCAGCGUCCCGUCGACCGCAGCCUGCUGAAGCUGAAAAUGGUGCAGGUCGUGUUUCGACACGGGGCGCGGAGUCCUCUCAAGCCGCUCCCGCUGGAGGAGCAGGUAGAGUGGAACCCCCAGCUAUUAGAGGUCCCACCCCAAACUCAGUUUGAUUACACAGUCACCAGUCUAAUUGGCGGUCCGAAACCACCUUCUCCUUACGACUCUCAAUACCAUGAGACCAUCCUGAAGGGGGGCAUGUUUGCGGGGCAGCUGACCAAGGUGGGCAUGCAGCAGAUGUUUACCUUGGGAGAGAGACUGAGGAAGAACUAUGUAGAAGACAUCCCCUUUCUUUCACCGACCUUCAACCCACAGGAGGUCUUUAUUCGUUCCACUAACAUAUUCCGGAAUCUGGAGUCCACCCGUUGUUUGCUAGCUGGGCUUUUCCAAUGUCAGAAAGAAGGACCCAUCAUCAUCCACACUGAUGAAGCACACUCAGAAGUCUUGUAUCCCAACUACCAAAACUGCUGGAGUCUGAGGCAGAGAGCCAGAGGCCGGAGGCAGGCUGCCUCUUUACAGCCAGGAAUCUCAGAGGAUUUGAAAAAGGUGAAGGAAGGGAUAGGCGUUGACAGUAGUGAUGAAGUAGACUUCCUCAUCCUCUUGGACAAUGUGGCUGCUGAACAGGCACACAGCCUCCCAAGCUGCCCUAUGCUGAAGAGAUUUGCACGGAUAAUUGAACAGAGAGCUGUGGACACAUCGUUGUACGUACUGCAGACGGAAGACAGGGAAAGUCUUCAGAUGGCAGUAGGCCCAUUCCUCCACAUCCUGGAGAGCAACCUGCUAAGAGCCGUGGACCCUACCACUGCGCCUGACAAGAUCAGGUGUCCCCAAGAAGGAGCAGACCUUGCCCUACUAAACUCAUCCAUGGCUGAAAGUAGGAAGAGCACUCCUGUAGGCUGGCAGGACCCACAGAGAGGAGAGAGAAAGCUGUACCUCUACGCAGCUCAUGAUGUGACCCUCAUACCGCUCUUAGUCACCCUGGGGAUUUUUGACCACAAAUGGCCACCGUUUGCUGUUGACUUGACUAUGGAACUGUACCAGCACCUGGAGUCUAAGGAGUGGUUUGUGCAGCUCUAUUACCAUGGGAAGGCACACUCUGUCACCUUCUCUUAGGGGCUGAAUUGUGUCCCCCCAACAUUGGUCCUAACCCCUAGUACAGUAAGCCCUCACUCAGCGCUGUCAGUAGGCUCUUGGAAACGUCAACGUUCAGUGGAAGGACAGAUCCAGGUCUUUUAAUAACACUGUGUUUUGUUCAACGUUGUUGCCCUGUAACAUUGAGAAAAAAAUUGGUUUUCUAAUAUGUUGUUUUACUUAAAGUUACAGUUUCCAGGAACCUACCAAUGAUGUUAAGGACUGAAUGCACCUCAGAUGUGACUGUAUUUGGAGAUAGGGCCUUUUAAGAGGUAGUGAAGGUCAAGAGUUAAGGUGAUAUGGGUGGGCCCUAAUCCAGUAUGACUGGAAUCCUUAUAAGAAGAGGAAAUGAGGACACAGACACAAGAGGGAAGAUGACCGUCUACAUGCCAAGGAGAGAGGCCUCAGAAGAAACCCGCCCUGCUGACACGUGACCUGGGACUUGCAGCCUGUAGCACUGUGAGGAAAUACAUUUCCAUUAUUGAAGCCAGGAGUCUGUGAUACUUUGUUACAGCAGGCCCUAGCAAAUGAAUACACUUCGUUCUGUUUUUUUCCAACCCCCACCCCCGCGAUAUUUAUCAGAGCUGGAUAUUACAUAUUUGUAUAUCUACAUGCUUAUUUCUGUGACUAAAAUGGAAGCUCCAUGAAGGCAGGUUUCUUCUUGUUCACUGAUGUGUUCUCAGCACCAGGAAGAGUGCCUAGUGCAUGCUAGCGCUCAGGCAUUUGGACAUGUGAAUGACACAUCCCCUCUGUCACUUCUCUUCGGGGCCCAUGGCCACCCUCCUAGGUACCACGGUGGCUUCCUAAGGGGCCACAUUCGCACGUGCUUUCCAUCACCCCACCUGGCCCCUGCCUACCUCUCCAGCUUCACCCUUCACAUGCCUCCCUCGCCAGACACAUAGUAUGUUUUUUAAAAAGUCCCACUUCUCUGCCCUCUUUACCUUGGCGCACAUUUUCCCGUCGCCUGACCCUGACACACAUUCCCUUUUCCCGUUUAAUCCCUGAUUAUCUCUAGGCCUUCCGUGUUUCUGUUUGUCCUUUUUAUCCUUCAAUAGAAGGUUGUUUGUCUUGUCUUUUACUGUAUUUCUAGAACCAAGUACAGAGACUACCAAGUGAACCUCAGCAAAGAUUUACUGAAUGAAUAAAUGAGUUCAAAACUGUAAGACU